CCCGUGCGUAUCCCCACAUGACCGCCAAAAUGGUUUGAGAAGAAGACCAAGCAAGGUCCCACCUACGAUCGCACGCCCACCGCUCGUCAUUUAUGUGCCCAUGGUCUUCACGUUCAUCCCCCGCGCCACUCCCAUCUGCAAGAGUACUCUACUAGUGUCGAGUAUAUACUCUACUAAAAGAUUUAACUUAAAAAAAGGAGUCAUGGAGACAUAAAGACAUAAACCUCCUCGUCACUCUCAUAAAGAAGUCACAAUGCUCUCUCUGCAAGUCUCUACACUCAGUUAGCUAGGUUAUUGAAGUACAUUGUCAUGGCUGUUCGUUCUAUACUAAGAUUUACUAUGAUGCUUCUCAGUUUUGUUUUAUUUUCCUUUUGUCCGUCCCAAGCCUUCAUCCCCGGAUCCGCUCCAUCGCUUGGUUAACUCCUUUGAAAAAAAGGCGCCAGGUUUCCGUCUGGAAGCUUGAGAGAAAGGUGAGAGGGGUUCCGAUGAGAGGGCUGCGAGGGUCCGAUCCCCUGAAUCCACCGCAUCACACGAUGGCGGCAUUCGCAGCACUUGCUGUUCUUGUCGUUCUUUUCGGCUCGCUGGCGGUUGUGGUGGAGUCGGCCACCAAACCCUCUGAUGGAGGUGGAAGGGAUUUCAGGAUCAAGAAGAUUCAUCAUUGCUUAUUUGAGAGCAUGCGGUCUUUUCCCCCUCAAUUAUGUGGAUAGGAAAAUGGCAGUGCCUGUUUUUAUCAUUGUGUUCAAUUAUUGUGUUCAAUCAUUGGAGAAAUGUAGCUGUUCUUAUUUGCACCUUUCAUUAUUUGGAUACUAAGAGUAUAUCCAUGAUUUGCAGUUCGAGCUCUUGGUGUCUUGUAUGGCUCCUUAAAUAGCCCUCCGCAGCUGUUCUUAUUUGCACCUUUCAUUAUUUGGAUACUAAGAGUAUAUCCAUGAUUUGCAGUUCGAGCUCUUGGUGUCUUGUAUGGCUUCUUAAAUAGCCCUCCGCAGCUGGCCGGGUGGACAUCGAGUGGUGGAGAUCCUUGUAGAGAUUCUUGGAAGGGGAUAACUUGUUCUGGUUCAGCUGUCACUGCCAUUGAGGUUUCCGGGAUGGGGCUCAAUGGUACUCUUGGUUACCUCCUUUCGGAUCUAUUGUCUUUGAAAACAUUGGAUAUAAGCAACAACAAUGUGCAUGAAGGCAUUCCAUAUCAACUGCCACCAAACCUUACCUAUCUGAAUCUUGCAAAAAACAAUCUUUCUGGGAACCUUCCUUUCUCUAUUUCUACAAUGGUUUCCCUUAAUUACCUCAAUGUCAGCCACAACUCACUAUCUCAACAAAUUGGGGACAUCUUUGCGAAUCUUCAAGACCUUUCUGAGUUGGAUUUAUCAUUCAAUAACUUGACAGGAGAUCUUCCAAAUUCUCUGAGCUCUUUGUCAAACCUUUCUAGUCUUUAUUUGCAGGACAACCAAUUAACUGGCCCGGUGAAUCUUCUUGCUAGCCUAGAUUUGACUACUCUGAAUAUUGCAAACGACAAUUUCAGUGGUUGGAUACCACAGGAAUUCAGUUCAAUUCCAAAUCUUAUUACUGGAGGUAACUCGUUUAUUGAUGGUCCUGCUCCACCACCACCACCAUAUGUGGCCCCUCCUCCUAGUAGACCUCACAAAAAUCGUAAUCAUACUAAGGCACCUAUAGAUACACCAGACAGGCCCGAGAGCAAACCAUUCCAUCCAGAUAAUACGAAUGAGAAGAAGAGUUUGACAGCAGGUUCAAUCAUAGGGAUAAUUAUCAGCUCAAUAUUUGGUGCUUUAUGCGUAAUACUGGCUGUUAGUUUUUGCCUUUGGAAUGUUCCGAAGAAAAAGGAUGAUACCAGAAUGAACACAAGCCAUUCUUUAGGGUUUGUCACCAUUGCUGCAGAUAGAGCAACUGAUAAGGAGAUGCGAGAACAGAGGCUUAAAACUGCUUCAGUGACAAGUCUGAAACCCCCACCAGUUGAAAAAAUGAUGGUUGAGAAGGUAUAUGGGAACAAUGGAUCUGGAAAAAGACCAAAAGUCCCCAUAACUGCAACUUCUUAUACCGUUGCUUCUCUCCAAAUUGCAACAAACAGCUUUAGUCAGGAUUCCCUUCUUGGCGAAGGUUCCCUUGGUCGAGUUUACAGGGCAGAAUUUUCUGACGGAACGGUUUUGGCUGUUAAAAAAAUCGAUAGUGCAGCACUGUCCUUGCAAGAGGAAGAUAAUUUUCUUGAGGCUGUUUCAAAUAUGUCACGACUGAGGCACCCAAACAUUGUUACACUUUUAGGCUACUGUGUUGAACAUGGGCAACGGCUUUUAGUUUUUGAGUAUAUUGGAAAUGGAACACUGCACGAUAUGUUGCACUUUGCUGAUGAUAGCAGCAAGAAGCUGACCUGGAAUGCACGUGUGAGAGUGGCACUUGGCACAGCUAGGGCUUUAGAGUAUCUGCAUGAAGUUUGCUUGCCUUCUAUUGUACAUAGAAACUUCAAGUCAGCAAAUAUCCUACUCGAUGAAGAGUUGAAUCCUCGCUUAUCAGACUGUGGGCUGGCCGCAUUGACACCCAAUACCGAAAGACAGGUUUCAACUGAGGUGGUUGGUUCAUUUGGUUAUAGUGCUCCUGAAUUUGCAAUGUCUGGAAUUUAUACUGUGAAGAGCGAUGUGUAUAGCUUUGGUGUAGUGAUGUUAGAGCUAUUGACAGGUCGGAAGCCACUGGACAGUUCCAGAGAAAGAUCAGAACAGUCUCUAGUCAGAUGGGCUACUCCACAACUUCAUGAUAUUGAUGCAUUGGCAAAAAUGGUUGAUCCAGCAUUGAAUGGAAUGUAUCCUGCAAAGUCUCUUUCUCGUUUUGCUGACAUCAUUGCACUGUGUGUUCAGCCUGAGCCCGAGUUCCGCCCUCCCAUGUCUGAAGUUGUCCAACAACUGGUUCGGUUAAUGCAAAGGGCAAGCAUAGUAAGAAGAAGCUCUGGAGAUGAGCUUGGAUAUUCCUAUAGGGUUCUAGAGCAUGAAGCAAGUACAACGGACUUGUCUUUUUAGAUUGAUACUCUUGCUGCCAGUGUGCAGUUCCCCGAGCACCUGCACAGGCCAAGAGAGUAUUUAAAGAGAGUCCAGUAGUCCAAUUGCAUGUCUGACACAGGAGAUCCUGCGCCUAUGAAAGCUUGUCAGAGCAAUGGAAGAGUAAUCUAAGUUAAUUUUCAUUUCGUAUGCUAAAAUAUGUCUCCCCUGUUUCCGUUAGUUUUCUAUACUCUCUAGAUCUAGAUGGGUCUAUAUGCCUUCCUUGUGCAUGUGUUGUAGGAAAAUAAAUUUCUUAAUUGAAAAAAAAGAAGGAAAGAAAUGAGCAUCCAAAGUUUAUGUUCUUUUGCAUUUCAUUUUUUUUUUUAACCUUCUUGUUUUACAGUGAAGGCAACAUUCAAGCAAACCUUUGUUAACUUUAUCUUUACAGUGUAUGACCGAUUUCAUUUUUCCUUCA